AUGAUGUCACGCGAUGACAUCACAAAGUGUUUAAAAGUCAAAGAUGUUUUGGUCCAAACGUCAGUCGCUGUGAAGGUGUCUGCAGCUUCAUCGGUUCCUGAGUCGACCUGAACGCACCGGUGCCGCUGUGUUCGAGAUCAGGGAGCUACUGAGGCAGGAGGUUCUGGAGGACACAAAGCACUCUGCUGCUGAUGAGGAAGAUGAGGAAUAUGAGGAAGAUGAUCUAUCUGGUUCUGGUCGGGUUCUGUCUGAGCUCAGCUGCAGCUGCAAAGCUGGGUGUGGUGCAGACGGAGGGCGGCCCGGUGGAGGGGCUCAACGUCGACAUGGGCUUCUUCAGGACGGUGGAGGUGUUUAAGGGCGUCCCCUUCGCAGACGUUCCUGGAAUGUGGGAGAAACCCAGACCUCACCCUGGCUGGGACGGAGUCCUGCACGCCACAAAGUACAGAGAGCGGUGCCUGCAGGUGACGUUGUUGCAGACGAAAACCCGGGGCAGCGAGGACUGCCUCUACCUGAACAUCUUUGUUCCACAUGGACUAUCAGUUUCCACCAACCUACCUGUGAUGGUGUACCUCUUUGGAGGGGCCUUCCUGCUGGGAGCGUCCGAUGACGUGGAGGCUCUUGGAGAGUCUCUGUAUGAUGGGAAGGAGAUGGCCGACAGGGGCGGGGUCGUGGUGGUGACGGUGAACUACAGAGUCGGUACUCUGGGUUUCCUCAGCACCGGAGAUGAACGACUGCCAGGUAACUAUGGUCUGUGGGACCAGCACGCUGCCAUCUCCUGGGUGCGCAGGAACAUCAGGGCAUUCGGAGGGAACCCUGACAACAUCACCAUUUUCGGCCAAUCAGCUGGAGCCGCCAGUGUCAGCUUCCAGAUGCUGUCUCCUUACAAUAAAGGCUUGUUCCGCAGAGCCAUCACUCAGGGCGGGGUUUCCCUCAGUCCCUGGGCCCUCCAGAAGAACCCCAUGGCUCUCACAAAGAAGAUUGCUCGUAAAGUCGGGUGUUGGCAAACCGAGGAAGACGAAAUGCUGACGUGCCUGAAGACAGCUGACCCUGUCAAACUCACCAUGGCAGGAAAAAUCAACCUGCUGAAUAUUUUUGGCAAAGGUCCGGUCAUGGAGCUGCUCGAGCUCGCUCCGGUGGUUGAUGGGGAUUUUAUCCCCGAUGAGCCCAGCAAGCUGUUUCACAAUGCGGCUCAGUUUGAUUACCUGGCUGGUGUGAACAGCAUGGACGGCCACAUGUUUGCUGGAAUCGACGUUCCUUCUAUCAACAGCAUGAAAGAAACCACUACAGCAGAACAGGUGAAAGGUCUUCUGGCUGGUCUGACCAAGGAGAAGGGGGAUGCUGCCGCUCUCUCAGCCUUCAAUGUCUACUCAGUUCACUGGGGUUUGGCUCCAGAUCCGGCCAUAGUAAAGAAAACUGUGGCCGACGUCGAGACUGACUUCCUGUUCCUGGUACCGACUCAGAUUGCCCUCCAGCUCCAUGCCAACAACACCAGUGGUGCCCGUACCUACUCCUACCUGUUCAACAUGAAGACCCGAAUCCCGGGGUUCCCCCGCUGGGUGGAGGCGGAGCACGCGGAGGACCUACAGUAUCUGUUUGGUAAACCGUUCUCCAUGCCGCUGCUCUACUUCCCCCGACACAGAGACCUGUCCGGCUACAUGAUUGCAUACUGGACCAACUUCGCCAAGACCGGAGACCCCAGCAGAGGCGACAAUAGAGUCCCAGUCCCCUGGCCGGCGUUUACCAAAUUCCACCAUCCUUACCUGAUCAUCAACAAUUCGAUGAGCAAGUCGUCCGUCAGCUACGACUUGAGAUCAUUUUAUGUGAAAUACUGGACUCAGACCUACAGCCAGCUGCCUGCUGCAGAGAGGAUGGAGGAAGAGGAGAAACUCUGAUUUACUUUACCAGGCUGAGAAAUUCCUCUCCUUGGAUAAUAAAUGAACGUGAAACCUUC